CCGAUAUCAAAGAUAAUGUAUACUCUUGUUAAAAAAGUUUCCAUCGAUAACUAUCGCGGUAUUCUUGCUUUAUUAAAGCUUAGCCAAAAGCAAAGCAAAGCGUGAAAGGAACCGGACAAUUACUUCUUUUGAGAAAUAAAACCGUUCCGAGGAAUGCUGCACCCUGUCAGUACAGAUUCGAUCUCGUACCAAAGUGGUUCCUAAAACCGAAAAUGGCCCUUUUAUUGAAAAGUCUAUUGUAUUUUGGUGCAUUUUUCGUAGUUCUCAGAACGGUACAGUCGCAAGGCUUGAAUAGCAACGUUUACGUCGAAAAACAGUUACUUUGCGCCUUGGAUAAGGCCCCUUGUGAUAAUUUAGGACGACAAAUUAAAGCUGCCUUACCAGAAAUUAUUGGAAAAAACUGCAAUGCCUGCGAUCAAAAACAACUGGGCAACGCUAAAAGAAUAGCCCGUUUUGUCCAGAGCAAAUAUCCAGACGUUUGGAACGAUUUAGUGAGGAAAUAUGGAAAACCUACCAACUAGAAAUUAGGCUAAUUGUAAUUGAAACACUUAUUUAUUCACAAAUAAAAAAACAUGCAAUUAAUAAAUGGUAAACUUCUUAAGCAGAAUUCGUUUCCUGUUGGUAUCUGUGUUUGUAGGCACCUUGAGGAUCGUAUUUUUUGGUAAGCCUAUCCCAGUCUUUGGUUCUCUUGUUCAUCAGAUGCCUGAUCACUUUUUCAGUCGUAUUUUUCUGUUUUUCGUUGCAUUUGGAGCAGUUGCUUUCCAAAGCAUCAGGAAGAGUCUCUAUAGAAUAAUCAAGAAAAUAAACCACAUCAGGAAUAACAAAUAAAAAACUUACUUUUUAAUUCUCGUCCUUCAGGUGUGCAAGGUCCCUCGUCCAUCAAACAUUUGAUGUAAUUGGUCAAAACUCUAUCGUUUUUCAAAAUUUUAUCAACAUCUACGUUAUCGUACUUUGUGGUGUAAGGGUUUUGAGCUAUAGCUAUUCCAAUCACUGUUAGCAAAACUACCAAACUAGCACAAUGCAUUUUUUUUUUCUUUCAAUUAAACAACUUGGCUGUUCUAAAUAACAAUGACUUAAAAUAAAUACACUUCUUAACGUUUUAUUUUGUCUGGU